AUUCUGGAUACUGAUAUGGCACUUGUGACCUGCAACUUCACUUCCCCCUCGCCAUCUUCUGGCAGUUCCGACCUGCGAAGGUGGAAUCAAAUCGAAAGGAAUCAAGCGCUGAAGGGGAAUGUGGAGCUUGCAAUACAUUCAUACAUUGAUAUGCAGAAACUUGGCUUCUCUGCUGAUAACUACACAUUUCCCCUUCUGCUUAAAGCAGCAGGCAAUGCUUCGUGUUUGCGUAUCGGGUUAACGCUCCACGGCCAGACAGUUAAAACCGGUUUCUGUGACCAUCUUUUUGUCCAAACCGCUCUACUGAAAAUGUACUCUUCUCUCGGACUCCUUGUUAAUGCUCGUAAGGUGUUUGAUAAAAUGCCUGUAAGAGAUGCGGUAGCAUGGAACUCCAUGUUAGAUGUGUACGCUUCUUGUGGCCAGAUGGAUAAUGCAAUGGAAAUUUUCGAUACAAUGCCUUCACGGGACCUUUCAUCCUUCAACAUCAUGAUCUCUGGGUUUGCAGGCGCACAAAGCGUAGCCUCUGCCAGAAGUAUUUUUGAUCGAAUUCCUGAGAAAGACGUUGUCUCAUGGAACUCGAUGAUAUUGGCGUGUAUGAACGCUGGAGAGACAGCUGAAGCGUGUACACUGUUCGAGGCAACGACAGAGAGAAAUGUCAUUACUUGGAACACAAUGGUAAUGGGUUACUUAAACAACCAACUCUACACCAAAGCUAUUGAUUUGUUCUACAGAAUGAAGGCUGGAGACGUCAAACCUGAUUAUCUGACUCUGACCGGCGCUUUAUCUGCCUGCUCUCACUUGGGAUCACUCGAAACAGGCGUAAAUAUACACAUCUACGCCGAAAAUCUUGAGCAGGCCUCGAGCCCCCAUGUAGUAACUGCGCUGAUAGAUAUGUACGCCAAAUGUGGAAGUAUACACAACUCCUUAGCAGUGUUCUACAAGUCGAAAACUAAGGAUAUCUACUGCUGGAAUGCCCUAAUUUCCGGCCUUGCGCUUCAUGGUUUCGGGUACGCUGCUCUGAAGCUGUUCAACCAAAUGAGAGUGAAUUGCAUAAAGCCAGAUGACAUAACCUUCAUUGGUGUUCUGAGUGCUUGUAGCCAUGCAGGGUUGGUGAAAGAGGGAUGUGAAAUGUUUGACUGCAUGAAAAGGGAUUUUGGAAUCACUCCAAAGGCGGAGCAUUAUGGAUGCGUCGUUGAUCUCUUAAGCAGAGCCGAGCACUUUGACUCGGCUUUUCAACUCAUCGAGAGGAUGCCGUUUGAGCCCGGGGAGUCGGUCUUAGGAGCUCUGCUUAGUGCUUGUGUGAUUCACCAGGACCUUGAAGCUGGGGAGAAAGCAAUGGAGCUUGUUGUGAAGAGGGAUUGGUGCUUGAGCCAUGGGGAAUACAUGAUGUUUUCUAACUUGUAUGCAUCUUGUGGUCAGUGGGAAGAAGCAGAAAGAUGGAGAAAAUUGAUGAAUGAUUCAGGCAUGGUUAAGACUGCUGGCUGCAGUGAAAUACAAGUUAAUGGAAGGUUUCACAAGUUUUUGGCUGGGGAGGUUGGUGUUGAGUGAGAUACACAAACCCUAGCUGCAAUCAAAAGCUCAAUAGUAAACAUGGAUCAGGUCAAUUAGCCAGGACAAUGUACCCGUCCUGGACCCGAAGCAUCCAAAUUUAGUACCCUUCAUGUAUAUUGAAGUAUAAAAAGUAUCGUCUUAUAAAAAUAAAAUAAAAACUAAGAAUUUCAAUAUAUUAUAGAAUAAUUGUGUGUCA